GUGCCUACACACAGCAGGGCUUUUGUAGGCGUCUGUUUCCGAGAUCAUCUCCCAGUAGAAAUGGCUGAGCUGUCCCUCAACUCUCCCGAAGUGCAAAUAGCGCUGCUGGUAGUAGCAGCAACACUGGUGCUGCUAGUAAUACUAAAACUCUUCUCAGGCGGGAAACGCGGUAGCGCAGUGCUGCUGGUGGGGCCGUGCAACGGCGGAAAGACGACGCUCUUCUACCGCCUUAAGGAUGGCAGCACGGAGCUCGGUACCGUGGCUUCGAUGCAGGAGAACGAGGGCAUAGUGCAGGUCCGCAACGACAAGGACCGCGUGGUGGGUAGCGUGCGGGUCAUGGACCUGCCCGGCCACCCGCGCCUGCGCUCCAAGCUAGAGCAGUACCUGAAGGACGCGUCGGCGGUGGUGCUGGUGCUCGACUCUGUGGAUCUCACGCCCAACAAGACGGAGGCCGCGGAGGACCUGUUCGAGGUGCUCACGCACACAACCGUCGCGCGGCGGCGAACCCCGGUGCUGCUCGCCUGCAACAAGGCAGACCUGGAAACGCAGGCGCACUCAGUGGACUUCUGCAGGCGCACCAUCGAGAAGCAGCUGGACACGAUGCGCAAGACGCGGCUGGCGCUAGGCGGUGAGGCGGGCCGCUCGCUGGCGGCGCUGGGCAAGCCGGACAAGCCGCUACAGCUGGCCGCGCUGCGCAGCCCCAUCGCCGUGUGCGAGAUCAGCGCGGAGAAGGGCGAGGUGGCGGAGGUGAUGCGCUUCCUGGCCAAGCUGGUGUAGAGGAGGAGGAAGCGGAGGAGAAGGAGGAGAAGCUUGCAUAGGCGGCGUCGAGUGGAGGGGUGAGGUCUGAGGUGACAGGGAGGCGGGUAGCCGAGACCAGGGGUACAGCGCGGCUGGCGGCACGCGGGCAUACUGGGGGCCAUCGCGCUCUCUAUGGCAUCACGCACAUAGCUGUGGCCAACGGGCGCAGGGCUGUGGGAGGCAGCCACACGUGGUGCUGAGCAUAUAUGCCGCCAAGCUCACUGCAGUUGGCCACUGAAUACGGACUGGAUAGAUGUGGCGCUGAAAGACACGCGCUGUUUAGGCAGCCUCUUGUGUGCAAUGUUCGGACCGGUAGGUGACGGCGUGCCGUCAUAUGGGCGAGAACCAUCACGUCUGCUGCCGAUGUAAGGGAACGUGAGU